AGAAGUGGACAUUUCCGCACUCAACCGUUUGGUUAUAAAAGCCAGCAAGGAGACAGCGUUCUUCACGCAGCAGACACCGCGCGACCGUGAUUCGAAGCGCCCUCUUCUGCAGACCACCACCGCUUUUCACCGUGAGCUAAGUCCGUGCUUCCCGAGGAUUUGGAAUCAAGAUGAGAGCGCUACUUUUCAUCGGCUUACUUGUCUGCUGCCUGGCAGCAUUUGACCUUUCCCAAGGAAUCACCAUCGCCAUGCAGUCGCGCUGCCCGUGUCGCCACUCGCGCAGCGUGCAGCCCAGCACCAUCAAGAAGCUUGACAUCUUCAAGCAGGUCAACUGCCCCAUCCAAGUCAUCGCCGUGCUGAAGAAGACGGGGGAGCGCGUGUGCGUCAACCCCAAGAUGCGCUGGCUGCGGCAAGUCACUCAACAGAUGCGACGCUAGGGGCGGGCAGAGGCGGGAUCUCGCUCCUGAGUCUGAACCCGUCGGAGUACAUCCCAACCCCCCGCCCACCCGUCCUCCCCCACCUCUCUGAGCUUUCAAAACCUCCCGGAUUGCUUCUCCCCAACCACUUGCGUCCGCUUACCCUCGGGCUUGCUCUCUCGUACGCGGUGGCGCGGCUACGGAGUGUGCAGGUGGAGCAACUGCACCGGGUGGGGCCCAGGCACCGGGUUACAAAGUGGGGGCUGUGUGUGGGGGGGGGGGUACUUUAUACGGGGCCCCCAUUUCAUCCCCCUGACCGGGGCCCAUGCCCACCGCGCUAUUACACAACCGCCCUUGCAGCCACUAAACCGGGGUCCUCUUGCACCUCCCGUUCUUCCGUGCUCGCCAGACAUUCUCCGCCUCGUGCCUGUGAACCGGCGGGGGCAGAGGCAAGGGCUGGAGGAUCGCACAGAUUCGUGAAACCCCCACACCCAUUGGGCUGUCAGUUGGUCAGGAGGUAGCAGUACAACGAGCGGGUUUGUGAAUCCACUUCCUGUUGCAGAGCGGUGAGUGUUAACCCUCUCAUAUGUAAGGUGGGCUUUUCUCACAGAACUCCAGAUCCCUCCCACACAAAGCCAAAACAGCUGCCCAUCGAAAUGGCCAACCAUCCCAGUGUAGGACCCUCUUAAAAACGGAGCCUUGAAACUCGGUGACACUUUCGUUGAUAGGUAAAUAAAUAGCAUUGUUAUUAUCAUCAUCAUCAUUGUAUUUGUAAUGAUCUCUCUCUCUCUCGAUGCUAAGAGCAAUCUUUCCCUCUCCACCGCACGGCAAGCAAAGACAGAUAUCCCCCAAUAGCCGUGCAGGCUGUGUUCUUUGCCACAAUAGCUCAAACGCACAAUCGCUUCUCCCGUAACACCCACGUGUGUAAUGGCGAACGUCUUUCGAAACGUCCGUAGCCAACCGCACAAAUCGAAGGCGCUCAGAAGCUGCCUGAACGACGUCCCGUCCCCCCCCCAUCCUUCAGCUCGCCUCUGCGCGCCGUUGAAAGGCUCCGCAUAGCACGUGGCGGCCCGUACCGCUGCAGGGGUGGCCUUUGAUGGCGUUUGCCUCGUUCGAUCACCCCCCCCCCCACACACGAUUCCCCGAUUCUACGGGCGCUGCGUGGUUGCUGCCGCGUGAUUUCUGUCACGAGAGGCGAGCUCUGUGUCUGACAUGAGCCAAUGGAAUGAAAUUCUGACAGAUUUCUCGAACGUCUUCGCGGAUUCCCCGUGGCUUCACUCGCCCGCGUGGCACACUCGGUGCCGCACUCGUGCACAUUUCUCCCAACUCAUUCACGUCUUGCGUGCUUAUUUUUUAGUUGCUAAUUCCUUCCCCUUGUCAGGGAGUAUCUGUUGGGGACUCUCACGGGGAGCGGUGCAUAUCACCCCGUGCGUGUCAAGAGAACGUCCCGUUCAAGGAGAUAACGCAGAACUCCUCCUGCGAUCCGUGCAAGUGGCCUUUCUUCUCCACCCCCGGGGUGAUUCGCCUUGCCGCACUCACCACUGCAGUGGAAUGUUUGUUUCUUGGCAGUUAGACCCCGUCUUUGUGUUAAUUGCUAGAGGUGGAAUUUAGCUGCAGUAAGUGGACAAAACACACGGAUAAAAUAUAAUAGGGCUUUUUUGUUUGUGCGGUUAUUAGGAACCGCGAUGAUCCUUGCUAACGUGGUUUAAACACGGGCAGCCGAAAUCUGCAUUCGAACCCAGGGUGUCAACAGUGCCGACUCAGCGCUUCGUGCUCUGAGCCGGAACUGCUGAGAACCUGGGUUCGACAUCCGACCACCUCGACGCUUUCUAUUUGUGUCGCUCUCCUGCACGGUGUUCAGCGCAAAUUAGCAUCACUUGCAGCGAGCUUAGCCGUGUAUCACCGAGGAGUAAAGCCGUACAGCUUCAUCAUCCAAGUUCGCAUCUUGCCGAACGUUCUCGUGACGUCCGUGCGAAGGUUUUCGCCGCUGUGCCGUACGGCUGCCCGAUCGCGCUGUGCCACGUGCUGUUCGGUCGGCACCGCGUCCUGAAAAAGGCUCCCGGUGCGUGCAGCGUUGCGUCGGCCAACACGCGGGCGCAACUCAGCACGAACGCGAAACCGAUGUUCGGUGCGGUUCAUGCGGUUCAUCGAGAUCAGGACGUGGCUCCGUUGUCGUCGGUUCCCGUCGGUUGGCUUUGACAGAUGGACACCGCGUCCGCUCUGCAGUGCCUCAACUUCCCCAUCCAUCCUCGUUGUUUUCAUUGGGGAUGAAAGUAAAAGAUGCAUCUUGGCGUGUGGCAGGGGG